AUGAAAUUUCAUUCAUUACUAAUAUUAUUACUUGCUAUUGGACAAACGCAAGCAAUCUGGCCAUUUGACUCAAACGAUUCUGAAUCUUCCUCAUCAACGUCAACAUCAAGUGGUAGUGGUGGAUUUUGGCCAUUUGGGUCAGAUGAUUCAUCCACAUCAACAAGUGAAUCACAAUCAGAAACUGAUUCCCCAUCGUCGUCAUCAUCGUCAUCAUCAACAGGUGAUAGUACAAGUACUGAUUCAUCAUGGUAUCAGAUAUUUUUAGAUAGUGGAGGUGAUGAAAAUAAUGAUGGAUUAAAUAAAUAUUCCCCAUAUAAUACAACAUGUCCAAAUCAUUCCAUAAUCCGUGAAGCUAUAGAAAUAUCAGAUAAUGAAAAAGAAUAUUUACAAAAUAGACAUAAAAUAACUAAUAAAAAUCUAAUUGAUUUCUUACUGAAAAAAUCCAAUCUUUCUAAUUUUGAUGCUGAGUCAUUUAUAAAUGAUAAUUCGGAUACUCAUAAUAUAACUAUUGGAUUAUCAUUUAGUGGAGGUGGUUAUAGAGCUAUGUUAUGUGGAGCAGGACAAAUUUUAGGAUUAGAUGGAAGAUUUAAAGAUGCAAAUGAUCAUGGAUUAGGUGGAUUAUUAGAAAGUUCAACUUAUUUAACUGGAUUAUCUGGUGGAAAUUGGUUAGUUGGACUGUUGGUUUUAAAUGAUUGGUUAUCAGUUAAGGAUAUAAUCUCUGGAGAUUCACAAAUUUGGCAACUUGAAGAUUCUAUAUUAAAUCCAAGUGGAAUUAGAAUAGAUAAAACAAUUGCUUAUUAUUAUGGAUUAUCAAAAGCAAUUGAAGCCAAACAAGAUGCCGGUUUUGAUACAUCAAUAACUGAUACUUGGGGUAAAGCACUUUCAUAUCAAUUUUUUGAAGAUGGUGAAGGUGGAUCAAAUAUCACUUGGUCAAGUAUUCGUAACAUUUCAAGUUUUAAAGAUCAUUCAAUGCCUUAUCCAAUAGUGGUUGCUAAUGGAAGAACACCACAUACUCUUAUUAUUAAUGAAAAUUCAACUGUAUUUGAAAUCAGUCCAUAUGAAUUGGGAUCUUGGGAUCCAUCAUUACGUUCUUUUUGUGAUGUUAAAUAUAUUGGUUCAACAGUUAGUAAUGGAGACCCCAAUAAUACUGACAUUUGUGUUGAGAAUUAUGAUAAUGCCGGGUUUAUAAUGGGGACCUCUUCUUCUUUAUUUAAUCAAGUUCUUCUUCAAUUGGAUAAUUAUUCAAUUAACAGUGUGAUUAAACUGAUUCUUAAAAAGAUAUUAACUAAUGUGAGUAAAAAAGAAUAUGAUAUUGCGGUUUACGAACCAAAUCCAUUUUACGGAGUUGAUUCAGCGGGUUCAAAAUCUAUUGUUAAUAAUGAUACAUUAUAUUUAUGUGAUGGAGGUGAAGAUUUACAAAAUGUGCCAUUUUAUCCCUUAAUUCAAACAUCAAGAGAUGUUGAUGUUAUAUUUGCUUUUGAUAAUUCUGCUGAUACAUUUGAGAGUUGGCCCAAUGGUACAUCUAUAAUGGAAACUUAUAAACGUCAAUUUGCUAAACAAGGUAAAGGAACUCCAUUCCCUUAUGUUCCUGAUGUUGAUGGAUUUUUAGAUCAAGAUUUAAGAGACAAACCUGUAUUUUUUGGAUGCAAUGCAUCAGAUUUGGAUGAUUUAGUCUCAUGGCAUAAUAAUGAUGAUAUAAAUUCCACUGAUAUUCCACUAAUUGUUUACACAUCAAAUUCAAAAAUGAGUUAUAAUUCUAAUUUUUCAACAUUUAAAUUGUCUUAUUCUGAUAAAGAAAAAUUAGGAACUAUACGAAAUGGGUUUGAAGUGGUUACAAGAAAUAACUUGACUGAUGAUGAGAAUUGGCUUACAUGUGUUGGAUGUGCAAUAAUUAGAAGGCAACAAGAAAGAUUAGGUCAUGAACAAUCAGAUGAAUGUAAGAAAUGUUUUCAAGAAUAUUGUUGGACUGGUGGAUUAAGAGAAGCGGCACCACUAUCAAGUGUCAGUGGAAUUUCUAGUUUAGCAACUGCGACAACUAGAAGUAGCACUUCGAGUGGUAGCACGAGCAGUUCAGAUAGUGAAGCUGCGGAUGCUACGACAAAUAGGGAUUUUACGUCAGAGACUUCUCUGGGUUCUUCUACGAGACUGAAUGGAGGUGGUGCGGCCAUAGCUGCUAGCCAUACGCCAUAUUUCCUUGUCGUUGUACAUUUUAUAUUAGAGUUAGUGUUUGUAUGA